GAAGAGAAACUCAACAGAAUCACCAAAAAGACUUCAGAGCGUCAAGACAUCACAAAGGCACACAUUUACAACAUGUUCUGGAUCAUCGGUUGUUUUGCAUUGGUGGCCUCCGCUGUUGGCCAGGAGGACAUGUUAGCUGGGGUUGUUAAUGGAGUAGGUGCAUUGUCUGUUUGGCCCUGGCAGGUCUCUAUCCAGACAUCCAAAGGCGUCCAUUUCUGUGGAGGAACCCUGAUCAACCAGAACUGGAUCCUCACUGCUGCACAUUGCCCUGUUCAAGCUGGAUAUCACCGAGUUGUUCUUGGAGAGUAUGACCGUGGCUCUGAUGAUGAAGCUGUUCAGAUCAAGAAAAUUGCCAAGGUCAUCGUUCAUCCUCGCUUCAACAAAGAAACCUUCAGCAAUGAUGUUGCACUGUUGAGAUUGUCCUCUCCAGCACAGAUAACAUCCCGUGUCUCUCCUGUUAAACUGGUUUCCUCCUCCACCAACAUCCCUUCUGGAACCCUUUGUGUCACCACUGGCUGGGGCAGAACUGAAACUGGUCUUCCUCGCAUCCUGCAGGAAACCACUCUGCCUAUAGUAAGUACUGCUGAGUGCAGUCGGUUCUGGCGUCGGACAAGACCGAUUGUAGACUCCAUGAUUUGUGCCGGAGGUUCUAGAUCGUCAUCUUGCCAGGGUGAUUCUGGUGGUCCUCUGCUAUGUGACAGCAAAGGUGUUUGGUAUCAGGUGGGCAUUGUUUCAUGGGGAGCAGAUGACUGCAAUGUUAAUGCUCCAGGAGUCUACUCUCGUGUGUCUUACCUCCGCCAAUGGAUUGAUACUGUCUUAUCCAACUAGAGCUCCAAAGUCUUAUUAAACCUGCAUUGAAAAAUUAAUUCUUAAUGUGUAUUUUAUAUGUCAAACUUUAAUAAAGCAUGUUGGAACUUG